AUGCAACAAGAGGAUAGGAAGAAGGCAGACUCUGGGAAACUGGAGACAAUUAAAAUUAUGAAUGCAUUUUCUGAUAAGGAAUGGAGCAACUUUGACAAAAUUGAAAGAAUUGAACUUACUCUUGAAGACUUUGGCAGAAUGAAUGUGGUCCAGGUAUUCAAAAAUUUGAAGUCCUUAACCUUAAUUAAUGUUGGUAUCACUGUUGUUGAAGGUUUAGAUGAUUUAAUUAGAUUGGAAGAAUUAAAUUUGAAUGAGAAUUAGAUUGUCAAAUUAUCAGGAUUGAAAGCAACAAUCAAUUUAAAAGCCCUGUAUAUAUCUCACAAUGCAAUUCAAAAAUUGGAAGGCUUAGACUCUUUGACUAAACUAGAAACAUUGUGGCUUUGCGAUAAUAAAAUCGAUACUAUUUAAAAUCUAGAUUUCUUAGUGAAUCUCAAGUAACUAUGGCUGGCAUCCAAUUCUAUAAGUAAUCUGAGGACAUCCUUGGAUAAAUUAAAAAGCUUGUAUGAUUUAAAUAUAAGUGGCAAUAAAAUAUGCAGUUUCAAAGAAGCCUUGAAUUUGAAUCGUCUACCCAAUCUUAAAGUCUUAGCUUUUUAUGAUCCUCAUUUUGGAGACAACCCUAUUUGCAAUCUCUGUAACUAUCAAACCUAUGUGCUUUAUCAUCUAAGAAACAUAUAUAAAUUGGACACUCUUAUGAUUUCUGAUGAUUAAAAAUCCUUUGCUGAAGGAACCUUCAUGAAAAAGAAGAUGUACUAUAAUAUGAGAAUAAAAACUAUGCAAAGAACAUUUUCAACAUUGUGUAAAUUACUUAAGAAAGGCAAGAAAAUUAAAAUCGAUUCAUUAUGUGAAGACAUUUCCAAUUUAAAUAUUAGAUUGGCUUAAGAAUAAUUGGAUAAGGAGAGACAGUAACUUUUAGAGAAUAAGUAUGAGGAAUAUGAGAAUCAAAAUGAAAUUUAUAAUAGCAUUAAAAAGAAAGUCUAUGAGUACUGCGAUCAAAGCAUACAAAAACUGAUGACAGAAUUAGAAACUGGAGGUAACAUUAGAUUAGAGGAAGGAAAGACAAAUGAAAAAUGGUAUGGUUCUUGUGUUGAUCUUAUACACUCAAGAUUCCAUGCAGAUUAAAUGGGGAAGUUCGGCAUCAAAGAUAUUCAAAUAAAGAGGGUUGUGAGAAUACACAAUAAAUUCAUAAGAAAUAAAUUCGAAGAAAAAAUGGAGUCAUUAGUUGAUGUCUCAAAUCAAAGUCACAAAAAAUCUCUUGAAUAUCUAUUCUAUGGAGUCGAUCCUAACUUUCCCUCUGAAAUCUAUAAUGUAAUAGAGGAGGGAUUUAGAAGUUAUAAAGACUCUCAAUCAAUAGGAUUAAGUCCUUAUACUCCUUUGGUCAAUAGUAUUUUAGGGGCUGAUGCUCCAAGAAUCCAACAUCAUUUGAAUGGGUAAGAGCAUGCCCAAAAAUUAAAUAAGAGAUUUAUUAAACGAAGAUUGUACUAUUAAAAAUAUAAUAUAAUACCACCUGGAAUAAUUCUUAUAUGCAAAGUCUUAAUGAUUAAAUCAGUAUCUGAUUUAAAACACCCAUAUUUUAAUACAGAACAACCUUGGAGUGAGAUGUUUCAAAAGUUUCCUCUUGAUGGCAAACAAUAUCAAGAUGAAUACACAGUCUUAAGAGUCAUGGAAAAUGAUCAAAAACAUAAAUUGUGGUUUGUGUUAGACAAUAAUCUUAUAUUGCCUGAAUAUCUUGCUGAAUUUGAAUAUGUUAUGCAAUCACCACUUUAGAAUAAAAUUGCUGAUUUUGGAUCUGCAUUAGGAGUGCUAGAGUCAGAGGAUGAUGAUUUCAUUAAUCCUGCUAAUUUUAAUAAGUACAAGGACAAUAUAAACGACUUAUAUAAUCAAUUGGCUGAAGAUUUGAAUAGCUAUCAAUUUGAGAAUCUCGAAGAGUACCCAACUUAUGAGUUGAAAGCCUAAGAUUUAGACAGAUCGGAAUGUGCAUCUCUUAAACCUGCUUUGGUGAAUUACUUUAAAUACUGUUUAAGUAGAUCGACCCUUUAUGAAUUAAAUCCUAAUUUGGUUGGCACUCCAAAUUUGAAUGAAAUAUUGAAGAAUCAAACGUAAUUCUUGAAUUUAAGUAAUUGUUCUGUUUAAGAAAUCCCAUUAAUCAAAGGAUAAUUCCACACUCUCAUUCUAAGUUACAACAAAAUCAGCAAUAUUAAAGGUUUGAAUGAAUUACCAAAUCUAAUUAGACUUGAUUUGUCACAUAAUGAAAUAUCGAAUCUCAAUGGUCUACAAGGUUUGAAUCAUUUGGAAGUGUUAGAUUUAACACAUAAUAAUAUUCAAGAUGUUGAUUAAGUUGGAAUUCUAAAAUACAACCAAAAUUUGAAAUACCUAUCUGUUGUUUUUAAUCCAAUAGGGGAAUACAAAGAAACAAGAAAAGAGAUUGUUAUGAUCCUCAAAAAUUUGGCAUUCUUAGAUCAUCUCCCUAUUACAGAAGAUGAUAGGGAACCAACUGUCAAUUAAAAGUAAAUUAUUACAACUGGGAUGUUGUAAACAUUCAGCAAAGUCCAACAUGAUUGGAAAUAACAUAUUUAAUCAGUUAUGAUUACUCACUAAAAACUCAGUAGUAUGAAAGGGCUGGAAGAAUUGGUACAAUUGAGACACUUGAAUCUUGGCCAUAAUAAAAUCACCUAAAUUACAUCAAUUUAGGAUUCAAUCUUACUUGAAGAACUGAAUUUAGAAAAGAACUCUAUCAUUUAAAUAUAGGGAUUGGAUAAUAUGCAAUACUUAAAGAAAUUAGAAUUGGGAGGAAAUAAGAUAUUUUAAAUAGAUGGUCUAUCCAAUCUAAUUAAUCUAAUGCAAAUAUCUCUAGAGGAUAAUGCUAUUCUCAAUCUAAAAGAAUUUCCAGAUUUGAAAAGCUUGAUGGAAAUAUAUUUAGGAAAUAAUAAUAUAACUAAUUAAAAAGAAGUUAAUAAUAUUAAACAUUUGCAUAAACUCAUCAUUUUAGAUUUAUCUGGAAAUCCUUUUGCUAGAGACACUAAUUAUAGAUCCUAUGUGCUUUACAUCAUUCCUAAAUUAAAGGUUUUGGAUGGUAUUUCUAUAGAAGCUUCUGAGUAAUAGAUGGCUAAAAAUUUAUUUACUGGACGUCUGACUGAAGAGAUAUUGUUUUCAAGACUCUAAGGUUAGCCUGCAAAUAAAAUCACCGAACUUUGCUUAUAGAAUUGUGAACUAAGAGAUUUUGAUGAUGUUUUCAAUGUCUAAUCUUUCCCUUUAUUGGUGGAAUUGGACUUAAGUCAAAAUCUAUUUACUUCUACUAAAAUGCUAGGAUUUUUGCCUUAAUUAAAAAUUUUAAUAUUGACUUCUAAUAAAAUUGAAACUUUAUUAUAUCCAACUGAUAUCAACUAAAAAAAGGGAUUGAAUGGAUGCCAAUAAUUGUAGAUACUAGAUAUCUCUUAGAAUUGUUUGAAAGAAUUUAAUGGAUUGUAAUAUUGUUAAUUAAAGGAAUUAAAAAUUAUGAAAUGUGAAAAAAAUGAGAUUACAAGAGUAGAUUAGUUGGAAAACUUAAAGUAAUUGAAGGAAUUAGAUUUAAAUUAUAAUAAAGUAAGAUAAUUCGAUCCAUUAUCAUUUGCUGCAUAAAACCCAAUUAAAUGUUUGAAGAUUGAUGGGAAUGGUUUAAAGAAUUUCUAAAAUAUCUAAAAAUUAUUUAAAUUGCUUGUAAUCAAUUAAUUUAUCUUGUAGCAUCUAUUCGCUAGUUCAAAUAGGAUUAAUGACUUACCUGAUAUUGAACAUCUAGUUGCUCUUACUCAACUUAAAGAAUUAGAACUUGUAGGAAAUUCUUUGAGUAGAAGACCAGGAUAUCGAUAAAUGGUUUUAAGAAAGUUGCCAACUAUUUUGUAUCUCGAUGGAAGAGAAGUAACAUAGGAUGAGAGAGAAAGAUUAGAACUUGUAGAGAGAUAGGCUGUACUACCUCAAAUGUAGAUUCAACAAUAGCAGAAUACUAAAGUGCCAGUCAAAUUAAGUUCGAUAAACUUUGAUGGGAUUUUUAGCAAAUGA